CCAGUAUGCUACACAUCUCGUAUGUGUUUGUGUGUCAGUUCUACAAGGUGUAUAAACACCGCAAGGUGUGCUGGAGUAAGUAUCCAGCAAUAGCAGCAGUAACAAUCAGCAUAAGCGAAAGAAGCAGAAAGAGGAGGGAGGAAGAUAAGAAGGAGAAGGAACAACAGCAGCCAGAGAGGAGGAGGAGGAGAAUAUAGUGGUGUUACGAUGGUGGCGGAGGUAGUGGUGGUGUUGGUUGUUGCUGUACCCAGUGUGCUGUUUUAUUCGUCCAACCAAACGGUUGGUGCUUUUGCUGAAUGAUGGCUGCAACCGAUCACACCACACCCAGUCGACACGAGAAGAGUCUUGGACUUCUCACCACCAAAUUCGUAUCUUUAUUACAGGAAGCCAAAGAUGGAGUACUUGAUUUGAAAGUGGCUGCAGACACAUUGGCUGUGCGACAGAAACGACGGAUAUAUGACAUUACAAAUGUUCUAGAAGGAAUCGGGUUAAUAGAAAAGAAAUCAAAAAACAGUAUCCAAUGGAAGGGUGCCGGACCAGGAUGUAAUUCAAGAGAAAUAUCAGAUCGCCUUGUUAAUUUGAAAAAGGAGAUUGAAUCUCUAGAAGAAAAAGAAAAACAAUUGGACAAACACAAAAGUUGGGUCCAACAGAGUAUUAAAAAUGUCAUAGAGGAAGUUUCUAAUAGUCAGUUGGCAUAUGUUAGUUAUGAAGAUAUUUGUAAAGUGUUCCCUGAUUGCACGUUGUUAUCCAUACAAGCACCUUCAGGGACGAAAUUGAGAAUUCCAGAUCAAAAAGGUAAUUACCAAAUCUAUUUGAAAAGUAACUCUGGUCCUAUUGAUGUAAUGUUGGUGAACAAAGACAAUGAAGCUUCAGCGCCUGAAGUCGAUCAGUUGCCUCCUUUCAAAUCUCCUGUGAAAUCACCUCUAUCUCCUGCCAAUCGAAUGGCCACAAGAUCAUCUCCUCGGAAAGCUGCUCAAAGUCAUAAUCCAGUACAGAUAUCACCCCUUGUUUCAGAAAGUCUUCCAAUCUUCCUUGGUGGUUCUAAAUCAACAUUUGAUGUGGAUGAUGAAUUUGAUGACCUCAUAUCAACAGAAGGCUUGGAACCCCUAUUGCGUCUGAGUCCUCCACCCAGUGACCGAGACUACCAGUUCAACCUGGAUGACAGUGAAGGCGUUUGUGAUCUAUUUGAUGUCCCUCUACUUCCACCAAACUCUGCUGCUGCCUUCUAUUGAUACUUCAGCCACACACUCACACACAUACACAUACGCGCUCUCUCUCCUUCUCUUGUCAGCUCAAAGGCAAAAUACCUUUAAACAACAGCGGAGCCCCAUCAGGAAGUGGUUUCUAUAGAUAUGAAUAUUAUAAGAUCUGUUAAUAUCUUUGUUUCUGCUAACCUCUAACUUCUC